AUGCCCGGCGAAAUUAAAGAAACAAUUGAUGCAACUCUCUCUAACUCUGAGGUGAUAAACACUAAACUAAGAGAUAUUUUAUACGGCCGAAGUGAUCUUAGUGGUAUCAUACAUGGCGUGGUGAUUGGUUUGAUUGUUGGAUUAGUACUCGCAACUGUUAUUCUAAUGGGCUUUAUGAUGUGGGAAUUAUGGAAGUAUAUCAAGAAUAGGCCGGAGAAUAGCGACCCCUUGUAUGAAAUGGAAGAGGGUAGUGUUGACUCAAGAUCAGAAAGGUUCGAGGGUGAAUUGAGUCGUGAAGGGUCCGAGGAUGAUUUGAGUCGUGGUUUCUCAGACCGAGAUUCAUGGUUUAGUCGAUCCGAAUAUGAUGAUGCUUAUUUUACAGACAAAAGACCACGAACUACCGGGCAGACACCGCGGUUUAAUGCUUGA